GCGGCGGUCAGGGGCUGCCCCCGGUCGGGCGCUUGGUUCAGCCCGCAAAGAUGGCCGCGGUCCCGCGCGCUGCAGAUCCUAUAGACUAAGGUACAAGCAAUACAGCUCUCACCUGGCAACGUGAGCAAAAGUGAAUUUCAAAAAAAGUCCUGGCAGAUGAAAGUUCUCCGUAGCAGGUGCCUGGAGGAAGACGUGACCUUUUAAGCAGCAAGAUGAGUGAAUGGGAAAGGGUUUUUGUGCAGAAUCUGACUGUCCCUCCGCACUCGCAGAGGAGACGGCAGGUCCGGAGGGAAUCAACAGCAUUUCAGUGUGUCCUGAAGUACAUCGAGGGGACUUUGAUUAAGCAGAGAGCACUGGAAGGUUUAGCUGGAGUUGAAUACCAGCUCCGCAUGACCCUCUUUGACAUCACAUAUCGCCAUUUUUUUGGGAGAACCUGGAAAAGCAGCACCAGGCCCCUGAAGGAUUUCCCAGGACAGCCACCCAGAGCCAGUUUCAAUGAGACAGUGUAUUUUCACACAUCCUUAAACCACCCUGGCAUCAUCAUUGUUGUGGAAGUGGUGGCCACAGCUAGAAAGCAAGAUGGGACCCACCAGGAUCUCUCCUGUGGGUUUGGAAUCAUGCACCUGUUCAACGCCAAGUCUGAGCCAACAGAUGUGGCUGUGAAGGGCAAAGGGCUCAAGCUGUACCAUGGGACACCACGAGCAUUGCUACAUCCACUCCUCCAGGACCCUAUAGAAAAGAACAAACACAUGACUGUGAUGGAGAACAGUCACCUUCAGUGUACCCUAAAGCUACACCCACCCCUGGAAGCUGCAUAUCACCUUUUCCCUGAGAACCUGCUGAUGUCCGGACUGCAGAGAAUUCCUGGGCUGCUGCCAGCACAAGGAGACACAAAUGAUCUUUUUUGGAAACCCCAGCUCAUGAAAUCAGUCACAUGGUACUUGGAUAAACUGUGCAUCCAUCUCUACCCUUCAUUAGAAAAGUUUGAGGAAGAGCUACUGGAUUCACUCAACAACAAUCACUUACUUAAGGAUAACUCCAUGCUCAUUGGGAAUGUGGUUGCCAUUCAGGAGCGCCGGCUGCACGUCGGGGUCCACAAUGGCCUCUGCUUCGUUCAGACACCUCAGGUAGCAGUGCUGGUGCCAGAGGCUGAGGUGAUUCGGGGGCGCUCCAACAAGAAGCAAGGCUCCAGUGCUAAAUUCAGUGCCAUGGGCCAGGCUCUGGUUUUGAGAAGCCGCAUUCAUUUGACUGAGAUGGUUCGUCACCCAGCUUUUGGAAUCUUCUUCCAGCUUGAGUAUGUGUUCUGCGUGCCAGGUGGAGCAGACAGCAAGGCACUAUCCACUACCUCUUUGAAUAAAGCAGCCUACAUGCAUUCAAUUCGAUGGGCUGUUUGGAACCCUUUGCUGGACUCAGAUUCCUCAGAAGUGAUCUUACCACUGCAUGGAAGCACCCUGCACAACCCUGCUCACGUGUUGGUUUACAAGACCCCUCCAACCAGCAUGAGCUCAGAAGAGGUGAAGCAGGUUGAGUCUGGUACCAUCCAGUUCUGUGUUUCCACUAACUCAGAGGAACAUCUCGGUGCUUCCCCAAAUACUUUAAGUCAUGUCAGAGAAGAGCUUUUCUGCUCCAAGAAGCCAUCCAUACCAUCUCUCCGUUCUGUGCCUUCACCCCAGAUAAUGGCUUCCACUCAAGCUUCCACUCAGGGACCUGGGUUGUCGAUCUCUCAGUUGUCCGUGUCACCACACCAUGUAACAAAACCCCCGUUGCAGCGGCCCAGUGGCUCUCUACUUCCUCCAUCUCCAGGGAGAGGCCAGCAUAGACGCACACAGGAGCAGAUGCAUGGCAGUGGCAGCAUAACCCAUCUGGAGGCUGACCUCAGCUGUGGCUCGCUGGCCCAAGAGUCCCUGGCGAGUGACCAGCUGCAGGAGUUGCCCUUCAUGCCAGUGCAUGUGCCAAUCAUUGCUAUGGGAGCACAGGCAAGCAGCUCUACCACAGCGCUCACUCGGGCCUCUCUAGCCCGCCUACAUGCUGCUGGCUUUCCAGAAAUCCUGGAUUGCAACAAGGAACCAGCAGAAGUUUUGGACCCUGCAGCCCCUGUGAACUUUGACCCCCAGAGGGAAGAAGCUGACUUCUUGCAAAGCAAUGAAAUAGUUCUACAGUUCCUUGCCUUUAGCAGGACUCCCCAGGCUGGCACAGAGGUGACAUGGCCGAAGACUGUGUAUUUCACCUUCCAGUUCUACCGCUUCUCACAGGUCACCACACCACGGCUACAGCUGGUCAAAAUGGACCUUGCUGACUCCACCUCUUCAGCCCCUUCUUCCUACAUCUUAGUUCCGAUUAACAAGGAGGGAAUGCUUGACAGUGGCACUUCAGGGCUGCAGCUAAAUUAUCUGGUAGAUCCUGCUUUCCUAAAGGCUGGAGAACAACGUUGGUUUCUGCGUUACCUAGCUAACCAUACCCUACAGAUUGACAUCUGGGAUGGAGACUCUUUGCUGCUCAUUGGAUCUGUGGCAGUUAGGUUGAAGCACCUGCUCCGCCAGGGUCGGACAGCAGUUCAAGUGCAUCAUGAGCUGGAGGUCAUUUCAACUGAAUAUGAGCAGGACACCACAGUGAUGAGCGGGGACGUUCUCCGGCAUGGCUCGGUGAAGCCCAUAGGAGUCCAUGCAGUGGUGAAAGGUCGACUUCAUCUGUGCUUGGCUAAUGUUGGUCACCUAUGUGAGCAGAGGCUGAAGCAACUGAACUCUUUGCCACCACCCCGUUCUCGCAUCGUCUCCUCACAUGAUGGGACCAGUGGCUUCCACGGAGGCAGCUUGUUCUCCUUCAGUGCUUGUGGGGCUAAGAAUGUCUCCCAGGCACAGAAGCUGGCAGAUGUGGACAGUGAGCUGGCUGCCAUGCUAUUCAGUCGCCUGCGUGAGGUAAGCAUUGCCUUCCAGCAUACCACCCGUGAGGCCAGUGCCAUACGCAGGCGGAAGUUGGAGAGGAUGGUGAUGGUGAGACAGCUUGAAUCGCAGGAGGACCUCAGCAGGAGACAAGCAGCCCUCAUGGGUCAGCAUGAACAGCGCAUUCAGCACUCCAGGGACCUGCAAAUUAUUGAUGCCUACCGGGAGCGCAUCAAAGCCGAGAGCAUCUCCAACAUGCUGAAUCAGGCCAUCACCACCAAAUACAUACUCUAUGCUACCCUGGGGACAGCAGAGUUCUUUGAGUUUGCACUGAAAAACCCAUACAGCGUCCAACAUACAGUGACAAUUGAGAUUGACCACCCAGAGCUCAGCGUUAUUGUGGACACGAGGGAAUGGAGACACUUCAAAGAGCUGACCAAAACUGUCACACCAAUAGAAGAAGACAUGUUCCAUCUUGGUGAUAACGCCAGGCCUCAGGUCUACCUGCGCCCCAAGGAGACUGUUCACAUUCCGUUCAAAUACCAGACCUUCUCGAUAGAUCCUAUUGUCAUGAUGCAGGGUCCUGCUGAGGUGAAAUUCAGUAAAGACACAGAUGCUACAACACCCUGGACAUCCAAUGCUAUGCUGACAAAACACAUCAAGGUCUCCUUCACAGUGAGUGGUGGAAAGCCCCUCAGAAUUCUCAGUGUAACAGUGGAGCCACAGCCCCAUGUGGUGGAUCAUACCUUCCGCUUCUAUCAUCCAGAGAUGACAUUCUUGAAGAAGUCCCUCCGACUCCCGCCUUGGCACACCAUUCCAGGUGCCCCGGCUGGAGUGCCAGGAGGGGAACCCGAGAUGUACGUCCGCUGUAGUGACCCCAACAUCAUUUGUGAGACAAAAAAAAUGGGUCCCGGGGAGCCACAGGAUGUGUUUUUAAAAGUAGCUGGAGGACCAAGUCCACAGAUCAAAAAAUUCUUUGUUGCUAUUUACACGGACGCGUGGCUGGCUACUCCCCUCCAGAUCUGGCAGUUUUAUCUCCACUCACUACAGCGGGUGGACGUCAGCUGUGUGACCGGACAGUUGACUCGCCUGUCUUUGGUACUCAGGGGCACACAGGCGAUCAGGAAAGUGAAAGCUUAUACCUCUCAUGUGCAGGAGCUGAAGGUGGACCCAGAAGGCAUAUUUAUUCUCCCUCCACAUGGAGUGCAAGAUCUGCACAUUGGUGUGAGACCUCAGAAAGCUGGCAGCAAAUUUAUCUACCUCAACCUCGUGGAUGUGGAGUACCAUCAGCUUGUGUCUUCCUGGCUGGUCUGUGUAUCUUGCCGACAGCCUCUCAUUUCCAAGGCCUUUGAAAUAACACUCCCUGCCAGUGGAGGGAAAGGCUCGAACAAGCGGAUCACCUACACAAACCCCUACCCCUCCCGGAGGAUGUAUUUCCUGCAUACCAACCGGCCCGACCUGCUGCAAUUCAAGGAGGAUUCCUUUGAGCUCAGAGGUGGGGAGGUGUACACCAUCGGCUUGCGGUUUGCACCAACCCAGAACACUGGUGAAGAGGAGAUUCUGAUUUAUAUCAAUGACCAUGAAGAUAAGAAUGAGGAAACCUUUUGUGUGAAGGUUGUCUACCAAUAAAGAGGGGUCCUUGCCUGGGGGUCAACAGAACAUGCUCCUACAGCAUCAAUCAAAACUUUUACCUUAACAGCACCACCUACCAAGAAACACAAUCCUGUUUUCAUUGCUGGCUUUAGAUGUUUUUCCUCACUAUAAAUUUUAUGUUUCUGCUUUCUCCUUGACCAUGUUAUUUGCAGAUGAAUAGCCAGCUGAGCACCUCUGCACACCUAACCCAGAGACUCAAAGGAUAUGUUCCUUUGCUGUUUGCAAUUUGCCUCUAUCUAAUCACGUCGUUGCCAAGUCACUAUGAUUUAUUGUCUCACUGAAUUCCUUGCACAUAGCAUGACCUCCAAUGAUGUAAAAUUGCUGUAUUUGUUUUCCUCCUACUUAAGACUAUAAGUAUGUAUGUGUGUAUUUAUAACAUAUGUCAUAGUUUAGAAGACUGACACACUUUAUAUUAUGCUUUACUGUAUUUUUGGCUUAUUUAAAUUUUUUUAAACCCCCCCCAAAUCCCAGAUUUUGAAAAAACUGAAUUUCCUGAAUAUUUUUAUAAGAGUAUUUUUUCUCUACUCAGUUUUGUACAGAAAGAUAAAUCACUUUUACAGGAGAUUAGAUGCUUUUUACUCCUUUUUAUUCUGUAAUUAAACUAUUUGACAGAACUUGCACAGCACUGCGGAGCUUUUUGUUACCAGUCUUUUCCUAAUGCAGGCAGGCAGCUCCCCACAGGCUGAUGGGGUGAGCCUUAGAGCUGUCCUUCCUCUUGGCAAUGUGGACAAUUAUCCCUUUAAACAGUUUACCAAUCAGAAGCAUUGCACAAGUCUGUCCUUUCUAUGGAGGCUGGAGAGGCUUGAGUUUAGUCUGAUAUAAAGAGCUCCUGCAUGGUUUGACUGGAGAGAAGAUAAUCUCUUCUAAAAAUGAGAGCUAGUAUAGCCCCAGCCAUUGGAAGCAGGGGUUUCUUUUCCUCCUGAAUAAACAGCAUUGAGAUCUGGUAUUGGUUUUAGGGCAGAGGAACCUUUUAUGUCUCAGGCAGAAGUUACUGAGCUGGAAAGCAAGCAUACGUCAGGCAAUUUUACCUGCAGUCAAGGAGCAGAAUGUGAGGUGUACUAUUAACAACCAGGACUCUUAGAGUAUGUCUACACAGUGCAUAGUUGCCUGCAGAGACCACAGAGCUAUUGGUGAUUAAGACUAUGUCCAUUCUGUUUGUCACAGGUUGCUAUUCUGUAUUUUAUCACCUGGUGCUUUGGCUUCUGGGUGACUGAAUGGUGCUCCCACACCAGCUUCUUGCUUAACAAGACACAUCUCCCUGCUUAAUGCCCUCCCUAAGUAAGAGCCAUCUUCUUCCCUGGAAAAUCAUGCACAGAGGCUUUCAAACAGCUCCUUGUGACUAGAAGAUCUGAAUUCGCUUUGUAUUAUCCCUAAUUCAUGCCAGAGGAGUCUAGAAGUGCCAGUUUGGCUGGGUCUGCUAAAGAGACUACAAGCUCUUUUUGACCAAAUUUAGGAGAAAAUGUUUACAUCCCCCACUGCUUGUGACUUCCAUUUGAGGAGCACUUUGGCAUGUUAACUAAUCAAGUAUAUCAGCAUUUAAUUGCUGUGUUUAAUAAAUCACCUCUGAUUGGGACAAAACUGGUAACUGCAGGCUUAGUUUCUGUUUUUGGCAUAAAAACAGUAUACCAAAUAGUGAAACAAGAUGAUGAUACGUGCAGAACUCAGGUUAUAUAUCUUUAACAUUUUGACAAACAUAAUUUUAAAUUGUCAAUUUUUUGCUGUUGUUCAAGCAGUUUGUAGAACAAUAAACUUUUUUAUGUUUCAAUGA